AUGUCCACACCGAAGCCUUUACUAAACGCGGAGAAUCUGGCUUUGACCAACAAAAAAAUAGGUGAGCUGAAGAAAAAGGUAAUGUUGGCCGAGGGCCAGAAAAAGGCUUACACGGAGGAGUGGACCGAUAAGAAGAAGGUGCAGAACGACCGCAUGACCGAGCUGAGGAAGGAGGUUCGGGAUUUGACGAACAAACUGUCCUACCUACACAAUCCGACCAGCACCAAGGCGCAGAAGAACGUGCAAGAAAUCAAAAGGCGCAUACCCUUUCCGCCGGGCGCGAAAUCAGUUGCCGAAGCACUUCGGAUUGUCGAUCUGAAGAUAAUUGACUUGAACAAGCAAACGGAUAUAGCCGAGGAUCGUCUCCGAAAGCAAGAGAUCCAAUUUAAACAGCUCCUCGAGCACCACCAUGCUCUGGUGGGGUACCGGGACGCGAAGAGCGAUGGCACCAACCCACCGGAAACGCUAGAGGAGGACGCGAACCGGAAGCUGAUAACCCGGCUCGAGAACGAGAUCCACCGCACGACGGUCCAGUGGAUGGAGGCCGAGCACAUCCGUAAGAAGUAUCGGGGCAUUAAAUCGUCACUGAUGCACGACGCAGAGAAGUUCGAGAGUUCGUUGCUGGAGCUAGAGAAUGCCAUUACGGAGCAGCAGGCCGAGAUCAACAAGCUGGAGGAGGUUCACAAGGAGGCGAUUCAGAUGCGAGACAGUACGAAGACGAUUCUGCAACGCCAGGAACAAUCUACCCACUACUCCAACAAGGCUCGAGAAAAGCAAGCUCAGGACUUUCGGCGGCAGGUGGAGGAACGAAAACUAGAGCUGGAGCGUUUGGAGCGAAAGAUCUUCUCGUCGGGCAAGACGCUGAUCCACCAGGAAAGCAUCAUGUCCGGCUCGGGGGAACAUGCGCGGGGCGAGGGCGGUGACGACGGGAGCUGCCUGCAUGACAAGGACGGUGCCUCCGAGAUGGAGCAGAAGUUCAAGAAGCUCAUGCAAGCGACGGGCGUCACAGCAGCGGGCGAGGUAGUGGAACGCUUUCUGGCGCAGAGAGAAGCCUCCGCCAGGCUAACAUACCUGCGCACCGUCACCGAAAACGAGAAGAAGCAGCUGGAAGCUCAGCGAGAACUAAUGAAGGCUCAAUUGGAUGCGUUCAAGUUUGCCGAUGUCAAGGAUAGCGAUGUCAACCAGGAAGAGCUGGAGAAAAUCAAAAACUCCAUCGAAGAGCAGAAGCAGCGCCGCGAAGAGUGCGACAAGGCGAUCGAUUACACCACGAACGUUUUCGACACGAUCAAGGAUGCGCUGAUAGAACUACUGCUGAAGCUACGCGAGGUAGAGGAAAGCUUGGAUGCGGGAUCGCCGUUCGGUCAGCGGACAGCACUCAAAUCGAGCGAGCUGAAAGAAAUUACGUCUGGCAAAAUGUCGGUCGAGGAGUUGGGUGGACUGCUCGAAGAGCGUAUUAAACUUGGACUCAUCGCCAGCGGGCAGCUGGCGGCAGACGUCGACAGCAGUCUAUCCGAGGAUGGCGACGAAGAGCCAGUUGGCCAGUCCUCUGCAGUCGCACCGCUUACCGUCUUGCAACAGGGGACUCCGACCGGUGGUCUCGCCGUGUUGCCGGCAGUGAGCAGUGCCGCUGGUGGCAGCGGAAGUAUUCUGUCCACAGCCUCACCGGCCGAAGAUCGCGAAAAACCUCCUGCCUAUCCACCGGUGUAUAUGAACCUUAUGGCCGGCCGUUCCACCGCUCAAAUUUCUUCCGCGUCUCCGGGCCAGGGCACUACGGUCGUGCUGUCGGACGAUGAAGGCGACGUGCCGUCACGCAACUACCUAAAGCGCCAGGCUAACAUGAUUAUCGAAGCAAAAUCACGUCGCAAAGGCUUCCGUGUACCCGUUCCUAAGCGACGAUAG